UCAUUGAUCAUCGUUCUGUAUCUAAGCCAACUACACAGCUACACAUCUACUGCUGUUUCGUCUUCUGCUAAGGCCCUGAGAGGAACACACUCUAAACAAACAUAAUUAUCUUUAACGCCUACAUGGGGUUAAUGUUUUGAUAUUUGAAAAAGACUGUACGUCUAACCUAAAAACCUAACUCACCUGGUUAUUGGCGUAUCGUCUAACGUUACUUCCUCUUUGUACAUCGCGGGAUUCCCAGUUUGUGCUAACGUCACACCACCGGGGAGGUGUGCCUCUGGCUGCAGUAACGUUACAGGUGACGUGAUGCCUCAGAAUGGUAUGAACUAUGAGGGUGGAAGAGGAGGGACGCGUCACAACACCUGUAAAGCCAACGGUCAGGUUCCAGGCACAGGUUUGGUUAAUGGAGCUGUUGUUCACAAUGGCUGCCCAGCUGAUGCCACUAGAACCAGUGAGAAAACCCCAGCUGGCACACUGAACGAUACCAAACCACAAUGCAUGGUUGAUGGUUAUAUUUACCAGAGCUCCAAGGGCAGCAGUACAAAAGCAGCGCCCCCAAGGACAAUCAGGAGACAAGGAAGCACGAUUUCAGCUGUCACUGAUGCCUCAGCAGCUGGCAGGGUCCGCAGUUCAGGAACUCCAGGUGGUAUCUCAGUGAAUGGGGACACCGGUCUAGACACUGUUGCUUUGCCAUGUAAUUCUGACCAAAUGGCACCGCAGCCCAGCCUGUUGGCAGCAGCAAAGAUCCAGAGAAGAAGGAAGAAAUUCAGACAUAAAAAGAGAGACACAGAAGUCGUCCAUCCAGUGUACCCUAUUCUCCCAUUGAUGCCCCCACAAGAGAAGGAAGACUGGGAAAAGGAGAUCCAAGAGGUCACAAAGACUGACUGGGGAAAGUUCUGUUUCGGAGACACACCCUACGGUUUCUCUCACAGCAAGCUGUUUCUACUCAGGCUGACGUUGACUUUCAAAGCUGUUCCUAGGAUUCAGGUCAGACCAAGCACAAAUGUUCUACUGGUGUUCUGUGCCUCCUCCAGGUCCACAAGAUGUUAUCCGUUUUGAUUUGCACGAUUUGACACUUAAGCAAAGGGACACAGUUGACCUGCCGGUGACAGCCAAUUACAAACCAGCCGUACACCACCCUCCCCCUGUCAAAUGGUCCUGCUACAGCAUUCCCACGGAGACGGACCAGUUCGCAGACGCUGACGAGUAAGCCAGACGCAUGUUGUUAUGUUAAAGGAUUGGUAGAAGUCAAUGUUCACAUACCAAAAGUAACUAAGGGGUUCUGCUGUAAAUCGUGUUAGCCCUUAUUGGCAUUGUGCAGAUUUGGGGAUCCUGGGUAGUACCCAUGCUUAGAAUAUUUGUUUAGUCACCAUGAGUCUUAUUUUCCUCAUCUAAAACAUUAUUGGACAUUUUUUUUUAUUUAAAACUUCUCUGGGUUAAUGGUAUCUCAGGUCAAAGAUUAUAGGGUGGAGCCUAGGUUGCAAUCAGGUUAUUUUUAUUGCAUGUUUUACUUUGUAUUUUAUAUUCAGAUUUUAUAUUGCAACAUAUUAAUUUGUCUUCUGUGAUCUUAAGGAAUGAUUUUAGAUAAACUACCAUACUUUGCUGUUGUACCGCUUCAGUGACUGUUGUUACUGAAAAUGGUCAUGCAUUUACUGUUCUUCCAUUUCAUAUCUUCAUCAUUUUGCUAGUAUUCAAAAAAACUCCAUUAAUAGUUUUUAUGUAAAUUCUGUAUUUUGUGUUUUAUAAUGCCUGAAAUGGGCACACUGUUGGCAUUAUAAGUUGCUCUUUUGAGCUAUCAAUUCUAUUGUUUAUCAAUUGCACGUUCACAACAAGCACAUGAAGCAACUAUUUUAAUUUGGAGCCAACCUAACCAAGAAAUUAUGGUUUGAUUAUGUAACAACAACAAAUCGUUAUUUGCCCUUUCAGACUUUCAUUUUCACAACCACAAUAAAUCAAAUUUUCUUUUAA